ACACUCCUCCACGUCCAGCUCAACCGCUCGCCUGUUCUCCUCCGACAGCUCUCCCCGGCGACGGAUUCCUGCACGCCCGGCGGAAAGAGCCCGACGCAAAACCUCAUGGACGAAGUCGGCGAGGUCUCGGCGGAUCGUGAAUCCAUCCCCGUGCUGCCCCGACACGUGUCGUUCAAGGACGGCUAUGGGGUGUACCUCCAACGGGUCGGGUCACCGGUUUUCCCCCUCAUGUUUAGCGGCAACGACGCCGGCGACGAGGGUGUAGGCAAUGAGGUGUUCACCACCUCAUCUGGAGCCGUUCGGAUAAAAAACAUUGCCGCCGGCAAAUUCUGGAGGAGGAAAGACGAUCAAAUCAGCACUAUCUGGGCGGACUCCAGCGACACCAGUGACGAUGACCCGAACACGAUGUUUUGGCCCGUGAAAGUUGACGAUAACGUCGUCGCACUGCGCUGCAACGGCAACGACAAAUUCUGCAGCCGGAACUCGAAUAAUCUACACGUGUUGGCAGCCGAAGGGUCGACCAUAAACCAGGAGGCGAGAUUACAGGUGGAGGAAGCCCUCACCGACGGCGACAGGUCCUCGACGGCGCCGCCGUCCACUUUAUCGUCAGAUUGAUUUCCGCCUGCCGGAGUUUGAACUAGUGAUGAUUUAUCUAUUCCUGCAUGCCUUGAUACUACUUCCCAAGCGCAAUAUUUGUGAUUGUAUCGUAUCAGUACAAUUUCGUGCACUUCUAGACUAUAGUAGUACUACUUGAGUUCAUCGUGAUAUUGGUAAAAAAAAAAAAACAGAGGAAGGUUAUCCACAUCUAGCAAGAAUAUUCACGAUUACUUAGGAUUUGUUUGCUAGCUUGAUGGAUUUGGUGAAGGAUUUGGAUACAUAAUGGACUUUAUCCAAAAUUUCAUUGUUUGCUUCAAAUAUUUAGAGAUAUCAAAUCUGUGGGAUCCGUGGACUGAGGGUCCAAAUCCGUGGGUUCCACAUACUUGAAAAUCUCAUUUCUUUAUGUGAGAAUUGAUUAAGACUUUGAAGUUCAUCAUUUUUUACCCACCUACCCCUCAUAUUUUUUCCCCUCUUCUUAUAUCUUUGAGGACAAUAAAGAUAAAGUUUAUUUCAUACAUACAAAUUUAAUUAACAAAAUCCAUAAUAAAAUCCAUGAAACAAACAAUGGUCUUUUUCAAAUCCAUAAUGAACCCAAAACCCUCAUAUAUAUCCAUGGUUUAUUUAGUAUGUUUAUUAUGACGAUAUCACCGUCGAUCGCUAGAUUAGUCAAUGUCACAACAUCCUCUAAAGUGAUCGUAACCUCACCAAACGGCAAGUGGAAGGUUGAUGCCUCGGAUCGCAAUGCUCUGUGAGCGCAAUGAUCAAACUUGCAUCAGCAGUCAUAGAGACCAAUUGCAGAACACUAAUCAAGCUCACCUCGAUGAGGUACGUUUGAUAACGUGGAUGGUACGUGACUAUAUGGGUGGUACCUCGAAUAUGGUAAACUCGAUCACCAGCCUAUAGUGAAAAAAAUUUAUAUUAAUUCAAUUUCAUGCGUAAUUCUAAUUUCAGUUCACCUAGUAAAAUCUAUAUAAUCUAAACUUAUACUGAUUUCAAAAAUUUCGUACGUAAUUCUAUUCUAAUUUCAGUUCAGUUCACCUAGUGAAAAUCUAAACAUCUAAUCUAACUAGCUAAUGAAAUUUAAAGAAAAUUUGUUAUUGAAGACUUACCUCGUUGACCCAAACUGCGCACUAUCCUAAAAGAGUCGUCCAGCCCCAUUAAGAAGUCAAAAAGACGAGUGCAGUCUUCCCUUGCUCUCGUUCACCGCUCCAAACCACACUUGCACUGACCACAUGUGCAUUUUUCUAGAGGGUAAUCGACUGAGCUUUCUCCCACUAGGUGCGUAGUUGCAUAUAAAAGAAGAAGACAGUGAGCUUUUCCUGCCACAAGCUCGCCACGAGAUACCGCAACUCCUAUCCUCGGGUGAGGGUAGUCUGACCAAAACGUUACGUUCCUUGACAUCCAAUCAUAUUUCUCUUGGCGUUGUAGCGUACCUCACACUGGAGGUACGCAACCAUCCCUUGAAAACGACAUCACAACGGCUCCAAGGACCGUUCUUAGAUUCAUUCUCGGGCUUGACUAACGUCCCAUCAACAAAAUCGAACUUGUUCUUGACUAUGAGAGAGUCUGUCAUGUCUACGACCCACUUGCUGUAAUUUGUGGGGGUUAGGACUUGCCCGACGUGUAGGUGACCAACACUGUCUGACGGAUGGAGGAAGAGCGUUGAUGACGGAUCGACGACGUACAACGCGGACGUACCAUCAGCAGACUUGGACGACUUCUUUCCAUCGUUCAGACCCUUGGAUUCUCUGUAUCACUCAUGACGACAAGAUGCGCAGACGACGAGGUGCCCUAAUCGAGCAGCUCUAAUAGUAUGUCAUAAACUAGUUGCCCCAAU